AUGUUUCCCACAGCAAGGUGCUUCGCCGCGAAGCCCGCGGGAUUCUUCAAGCGCAGCGCAGACGAACUCGGCCGCCUGUCAAAAAUCGCCUGGAACUCGGAAGCUCUACAUACCCCGACGAAGCCCUACGUCCUGCUCGAUUUCGAAGAUGAUUCCGCCGUCGCCGGCUGCAAGACCAUGGCCGACCGCGCCGUUGGCGGGUUCAGCACAGCCAGCCUAGACUACGUCCCUGCAGACCCCGCGACACAAUCGCCCGCCCACGCCCGAUUCCACGGAAGUAUCUCGACGAAGCUACCCAAUAACUGGCGCGUAGAGCGGACGGGAAUUGACAAACAGAGCGAUGCUAAAACAGGAUACGCGGCCUUCCGCAACAAAGACCGGGGCCUCUGGCUCUUCGGACGCCUUUACUGGGAUAUGGAUCCCUACUCGUACCUCGCCUUGCGCGUGAAAUCGGACGGACGCCGCUACACCGUGAACAUCCAGACAGAUUCGAUCGUCGAGACGGAUAUCCACCAGCACCGACUGUAUACUCGGCAUCAUAGGGUUCAGGAGGCUUCGGAUGAGGACCUCUCGUCGGCGGAGGAGCAGUACCCAAGUGAUGUACCGCCUUCUCUGUCUGAUGUCCCGCCCGAGUCGACUGUCAUGUCGACGUCGACCACUACGGAGACGGCCGGGACGACAGGUUGGGAGACGAUCUUGUUACCGCUUAACGCGUUCGUGCGGACGAACCAUGGAUUGGUGGUUGAGCCGCAGACGAAUAUCCUGCGGCAGCGGGUGAAGAGUAUCGGCAUUGGACUUACGGACCGGGUCGAGGGUCCGUAUGAUCUGCGGAUCCAUAAGAUCUGGGCUACGAAUGGGAUGAGCGAGGCGGAGAUUGAGGAGGAGAGACGUAUCUGUGGUGUGGAUGCCUUGCCUGUGGACGAGGGUGUCCGGACUGGCUGGACGAAGGAGUCUGCGCCGCAGCAGCAUACGAGUCAACCGGAGGCGCCGAAAGCGAAGAAGGGAUUGAAGGCGUUGCGUUCCGAGUGGGAUCAAUAA